UGAUUUACAAAACACUCCACCAAAAGCAGCGCCCACGCAAUUUGUUGCAGCGCCAAACUGUGCCGUGUACGAGUCUCUUACAAAACGCUGAAUCCCUCCUUUUUCGGCUGAAUAACGAUGAAACAGCGCUUUUCUGCCUUGGAUGUCUCUGCAAUUACUGCUGAAUUGAAGGAUCGUCUCUUGGGAUGUCGUCUAAAUAAUAUUUAUGACCUUAAUGCACGAACCUUUUUGCUGAAAUUUGGUAAACAAGAUGUGAAAGAGUCUGUUAUUAUUGAGAGUGGUGCACGUGUGCAUGCAACUAAAUUUCAGCGGAAUCCUGCACCUUUGUCUGGUUUUGUUACGAAAUUGAGAAAACACCUGAAAUCGAGACGGUUAACAAAUCUGUAUCAAUUACGUUCUGAUCGUGUGGUUGUCUUCACUUUUGGAGGAGGCGAAAAUGAUAGCGAUCCUGCUUGGACAUAUUAUCUGGUUUGUGAGUUCUUUGCCGCCGGUAAUAUCCUUCUUUUAGACGGUUCCUUCAAAAUUCUCAGUCUUUUACGAGUUGUUACGUUUGACAAGAAUCAAUUUUACGCCGUUGGUCAGCGUUAUGACUUAAAUGAUGCUCUGACUGAAGCUCAGAGGACUAUCUCGAUGGAGUCAUUGUCUUUACUUCUGGACCAGAUUACGGAACAAGAGAAGGCCGUUGCUGAUGUCUCGCCUACGAAUGAAGAGGUAAAGGACACUAAAAAGUCAAACAAAUCGAAGAAACCUAAAGUUACUACUCUGCGGAAGGCCCUUACUAUCCGACUUGGAAGAUACGGAAAUGCUUUAAUCGAGCAUUGUAUUCGCCUUUCACAACUUGAUCCUUUAAUGCUAGCUUCUGACUUUAAGAAUGAUGAAGAAAAGAAAAAGGAAUUGCUGGAAGCUUUUCAUGAAGCUGACAAAAUUAUGAACGAUGCCACGAAACCACCCAUCAAAGGCUACAUUUUUGGACUUCAGCAGGAUAUUAUUAAGUCCGGUGAAGAGACUGGUGCUCAGAAAACGGAACAAGUGCUUAUGUACGAGGACUUUCACCCUUUCAAGCCUCUUCAGCUCUUGCAGAACAACAAUCGUACUUGCAUCGAAUUCCCAUCAUACAACGAGUGUGUCGAUGAGUUUUUCUCCUCGCUCGAGUCUCAAAAAAUCGAAAAGCAAAAUCAUGACCGUCUAAAGACUUUCGCAAAACGUAUUGAAAAUGCAAAGCGGGACGUCGAGAACAAGUUGAAGGAAUUACAGAAGGCACAAGAGCUUAGUGAAAAGAAGGCCCAAGCAAUUGAGUUAAAUCCACAAUUAGUUGAAGGCGCCAUUGAGUAUGUGAAUUCGCUCGUCGGUCAAGCAAUGGAUUGGCUUGAUAUAGAGAAACUUAUUACCGUCCAGCAACGUCGGCAACACGCUUUUGCUAGUGUAAUUCGCCUCCCUUUACAGUUAAAAAAGAAUCUUAUCACGCUUGUGCUUCCAGAUCCUAAUCCGCUGGCGGUUGAUGAAGAGUCCGAGCAAAGUGAGAGCGAGAGUGACAGUGAACCGGAGAGCACGAUUAUUACACCUGUGCAACGUCGAUUAAUCCAACCUAAGGGGCUUGCUGUGGAGGUUGAUCUAGCAUUGGGUGCCUUUGCCAACGCAAGAGUGCAUUACAAUAAUCGACGUUUGGCUGCUCUGAAGGAGGAGAAGACCAUUGAGUCCUCGUCCAAGGCUAUUAAAAACACACAAAAGCGCGCCGAGGCAGAUCUCAAAACCGCUGCUGCAGAAGCAAAACAAGCACUAACUGCAAGCCGCAGAACAUUUUUCUUCGAAAAAUUUCAUUGGUUUAUUUCAUCGGAUGGCUACCUUGUGCUUGGUGGUCGUGAUAAUCAGCAAAGAGAGCUUUUGUACGAAAAAUAUUGUAACAAAGGUGACGUUUAUGUGUCUGCCGACCUGCCUAACUCGUCGUCUGUGAUUAUUAAGAAUCGUAACGAGAACGAUCCAAUUCCCCCAAAUACGCUGCAACAAGCUGGCGCUUUAGCACUGGCUACCUCAAAAGCAUGGGACACAAAAACUGUCAUCAGUGCCUGGUGGGUGCCUAUUCAUGCUGUCUCGAAAGUUGACCAAACAAAGCAAAUACUACCUACUGGUCACUUUUGGAUUAACGAGGAGAAGAAUUAUCUCCCCCCUACUAAUUUGGUCAUGGGAUAUGGUAUCUUAUGGUUUCUUGAUGAAGUUAGUGCUAGACGGCGGAGAGAGAAGCGUAUCUUGAGAGAUGAGAUGAUGAGCCAAGUUUCAGAAGAUAUGUCCAACGUCAGUAUUGCAUCUUCAUCGGCUCCUUCUGUCGCGUCUGAGAGCCAGACUUCUUUGCUUGCCACUACUGAGCCGACAACAAACUUGCUCGGUAGAGAACAGCAAAAGGUUUUCAAAGAACAAAAGCCUUCACGUAAGGCCAAGAAGACUGUAGUAAAGGCACCCUCGGCCAAAGAACGUCGCGAGGCUCGUAAAUUAAGACGUCAGCAGGCACUUCAAGAGAGUCUUAAAAAGCCUACCACUCUUGAAGAUGCAUCUGACCCUCAAACAAUUUUGGCUUUAUUAAAGGAGUCGAAGAAAAAGAAGAAGCGCUCUGCCAAUGCAGGUUCUACUUCUGAUGCCUCUACCCCAACAUCACAAGAUGUUUCAUCAAUUGAGCCUCCCAGCAGUGCUACCACUGAAUUUGAACUUGUUAAGGAACAGGAGCCUGUUGUUGGCAAGGAAGAGUUGCCUGCUCAGCAACAUGAAAAACAGGCUGAACGGACAAGGGUUCUUGUCGAUAUGCCUACUCAAACUUUUCUUAGCGCAGAGCAGCUUGCCGAGGUGAAUGAAGCUCGGGACUAUCUCUCGCCAGAGCUUUCAGAGAAGGAUAAGGUUCUCUAUGCUGUUCCUAUAUUUAUGCCUUACUCCGGUAUGAACAAGUUCACUUACAAGAUUAAGAUUCAACCGGGUUCUGCGAAAGUGGGUAAAACAUCUCGGGAAGUUAUCGAGUACUUUAAAAGGUCGAUGCCUAAGAAAUCGCCUUUGUUACAUGCACUUGAUGCGUUGAAGGACAGUGAGAUCAGUGCUCCCGUAUAUGUUAGUCGUUUAAAGGCUAUUUAUCCUCAAUCGGCGAAGAAAACAUCCAAGUCGAAAGGUUCAAAAAAGUAGGUUUUAUAGAAUACAAUAAGGAAACGGUUUUAUGCGUACAUUAAUAAAUUAUGUUCAUAAAAGAAGUGGUUUCUGAUCGUGUAUUAUUACGCUAAAUACUAAUUGAGUAACGUUGCCCUAGA